AUGGAGCAACCUUACGAUCUUCAGACGAAACUCCAUGCUCACCAUAUCGAGGAGGCGGAUCCUGGAUCAGUUUCGAAUGCGGGCGUGGGAGAAUGGGUCGAACCGCCGAGCCACGUUACCAGAGCCAUUGUCAGGAAGCUGGACUGGAGGAUUUUGCCGGUGAUGUCGUUGCUUUACUUGUUUUCUUUCUUGGACAGGACAAACAUCGGAAACGCCAAGAUUGACGGUCUCACUGAAGACUUGAAACUUACCAGUCUUGAGUACAACCUCUGUUUGACUGUCUUCUUUUUCACCUAUGCAGUAUUUGAGGUGCCGUCAAACUUGUGUCUCAAGAAGUAUGGAGCGCGGAAGUGGAUUCCAUUUAUUAUGUUCGUGUGGGGUGUGAUCAUGACGUUGAUGGGUCUGGUGCACAACUACGAGGGUCUCCUGUCCGCACGACUCUUCCUCGGCCUUGCUGAAGCGGGUUUGUUUCCCGGUGUUACAUUCUACUUGACCAACGUUCGGUACAAGCGUGAAGAACAGAGUUUACGUAUCGGAAUCUUCUUCAGUGCUGCGACCAUCGCCGGAGGUUUCGGUGGUCUCCUCGCUUACGGCAUCGGCAAGAUGGAUGGUGUCGGAGGCUGGGAAGGUUGGAGGUGGAUUUUCGCACUGGAGGGUCUUGCAACUGUCGCCUUGGCUAUCGCUGCAUACUGGAUGAUCAUCGACUCGCCGCGUACAGCCAAGUUCCUCACCGAGGAGGAAGCGACGAUCGUGGAGAACAGAGUCAAGUAUGAUGGUAGCGCCGGCACUCCUAUGUCUGAUCAUUACGAAUGGAAAUUCGUUGUUCAGGCUCUUACGGACUGGAAGGUGUGGCUUUCGCUGUUGACGUACUACGGAACGAUGACCCCGCUUUACUGUAUCGCGUUGUUCUUGCCGUCUAUCAUCAGGGGGUUGGGUUACCCCACGACAACGUCGCAGUUGUUGACAGUGCCAGUUUACGUCGCCGGAUGUCUCGGUGUCCUCAUCUUCUGCUACUUCAGCGACAAGUAUAGGAUGCGUUCACCUUUCAUUGUCCUUGGCGCUGUCCUCAACCUCAUCGGUUGGGGUGUUGCGUACGGGUCCAAUAACAUUCAUGUCAGGUACUUUGCGAUGUUCCUCGCCACUAUUGGGAGUUACGCUGGGAUUGUUAGUGUCGUGGCUAUCUUGCCGAGUAACAUCGGCGGACAGACCAAGAGGGCUACUGCGAUCGGUAUGCAGAUUGGUAUCGGAGGGUUGUCGGGCUGUAUCAGCUCAAACAUCUUCUAUGCCAAAGAUGCCCCAAACUACAGGCCGGCAUUGUUGAUCGCCCUGGGCCUCUCGGCGCUCGCUUUGGUGAAUGCGUGCCUGUACUGGUUUUGCUUGUUGCAGGCAAACAAGAACAAGUUGAAGCAGCAGCGUGAGAUUGCGGAAGGUCGUCUGAGCUUUACGGAGAAGGAGUUGGCGGACAUGGGUGAUCGCAAUCCGUACUUUAUGUACACGAUUUGA